CUACGUAACUCCAAUACCAGAAAUGAACUACAGAAAUGUCUGACAUUCACAAUUAAUUGAAGUAGAUACUUAUUAAUUGAGACUGGUUUAAUUUUAAGAGCCCCAACAGUUCAUUGUUUUAGUUCGGAGAGUGGCUAUCGGUCUGUGCAGUCUUCUUGGGAAAAAUGAGUGAAAUUGUUAAUAAAUGAAGCUAUUGGCAAUCCUUAUAUCGCGCAUUUUUAAAGGUGUUUUAGUUAACAAACCAUCAACAGCUUGAUGACCAAUCAAGUGAUGAGAUCAACAAAAAGUCAACUUCCCUUAGUAUUUCAGAAUAACCUAUCACUAUUUAGAAUAUUUUUGUUUUUAAUGUUCAUAACAAAAAGUUGGAAUGAGGAAGCAGUAGCAUUACAAGAAGAUGGAUAUUACAUAGAUCAGCUGAAUGAAAUAGCUGCAGGUGAAAGCACUGAUACAUUAAUAUGUCCAUCAACUAAUAUCAUCACCACCAGAUACAAGUGUAACGAGAAAGGUAAAUGGGUUGAUUGCACCAGAAGACAAUGUUGUCCUGAUUAUGUAUAUAUAGCAGGAAGAUGUUUACAUAAAACUCAAGAUCCGUGUUCGCUAAAAUUCUGUGAGCAACGAUGUACUGUGUAUAUGCAACGAAUAAUUUGUACUUGUUUCCAUGGAUACAAGUUUAGUCCUGAAAAUCAAAAAAAGAAUAAAAAACCAGUUUGCGUAGAUAUUGACGAAUGUAAAGAAAACAACGGCGAGUGUCAACACCUUUGCAUAAAUCAGUUAGGAACAUACAAAUGCGAAUGCAGAGAAGGGUUUAAACUCCGCAAUGAUAAUAAAACAUGUGCUCCAGAAAAUAUGUUAGAUACUUCAGAUUCGAAGACUCAAGCAGCUUACGUGGACAUGUGCUAUGCAAAUUGUGAUAGUAUGACUAGGCUCCAGACCCAGCUAGAUCUCCUACAUGAAAAAGUGGCUGCACUAAGCACUGCUAUUAGAUUGUCUAGUUUUGCUUCCGGACCACCAGGUCCAAUGGGACCCCCUGGAGCGCCUGGACCACCAGGUCCUCGUGGGUUUCCAGGUCCUGAAGUGUCACCAAAUAGCAUAAACUCCCCUCUUGAUUAUACUUACUCUGUAGUUGACACAUACGUUCCAUUUGGAAAUGAUGACAACCAGCAAUGUAUUUGCAAGAGAGGGGCACAAGGACAAAUGGGGGCGCAAGGAACACAAGGACCCAAAGGUGAAAGAGGUGAACCGGGACCAAAGGGACCAAGAGGGGACAAAUGGUCAAUAGAUUUCUUUUUGUUAAUGCUUGCCGAUCUACGACACGAUAUUGUGCAUUUGCAGAAGAAAGUUUAUACUAAUGGAGAAGUGCCACCGAAAUUCGACUUCGAAACAGCACUACAGAAAAAACGAUUCAGACAGAAGCACCAAUUUAUUCACCACAAAAAGAUUCUGGAAGGGUUCGCUAAUCCCGCAAUUACAAGCAGUAAAGAUAAUACUACAGAUACAAAAGUAACGGAGCCUGUACCUGUGAAAAAGGUUAAUCAAGAUACUACUGACAGUAUUGAAGAAUUUAGAGAUGAUACUGUGGCAGUGACUGAAAGUGCCGAGCUAGAUAUUGCUGACACUGACAUUGAAGACUAUGAUGAUUUUGAUGAGAUGACGGAUGAUGAUUACAUGUGAUAUACCUAUCUUACAAACGAAAAUAAUAUAAUAUACUUAAAUAAAAGUUAUAUAUACGUCUAAUUUACUAACCGUUGCACGUCAUCCGCGUGCAUCUAAACAUUCCGUAUAUGUAUUUGGACCAUAGGAGUUUUCUAUUGGUUCGUUGCAGCACGCGGUAAUAUUUUAACCAGUUAGACGAGGUUCCAGAUGCAUAUACGGAAUGUUAGUCGGUCCCAAAUUCAUAUACGGAAUGUUAAAUAUCGUACACAGAAAAAAAGUUUUUUUAGAGUCUUUUAAAAAGGAGAUUGAUUUUAAAAUACUUGUUAUUGUAUUAUUAAAUAAAAAUAAAACAAUUAUAGUAUUUCGAAUGUUAUUUGGUGUGAAAUUCAUAUGCGGAAUGUUAAUUAUUCGUAGACCAAAAAUGGGACUUUUUAUUACUCAGUUAAAGGAGACUGAUUUUAGAAUACCUAUUUUAUUGAUGUAUUAUUAAAGAAAAAUAAAACAAUGAUUAGGUACCUAUUUGGUGCAAAAUUCUUAAAUGGGAUGGUAUAGAUUUGAGAGACAUAUUUCUUUAUUUGACUAAGAUUUCGCUUUCUCAGAAUUUUUAAUGACUUGCACGUGUUGUUAAGUAGUUUAGAUCUGUUUCAGCUAUUCAAUUCAAUUCUGUUGAAGUUUAGGGCUGUGUGCUAUCAGACGAAAAUAAAUGUUAACUUGGUUAUAACGUUUGCGGUUGUGUUUUAAAUAUUAUUUAUUCUGGUUUAUAUAUUUAUUUUGGUCUACGAAUAAUUAACAUUUCGCAUAUGAAUUUCGCACCAAAUAACAUUCGAAAUACUAUAAUUGUUUUAUUUUUAUUUAAUAAUACAGUAACAAGUAUUUUAAAAUCAAUCUCCUUUUAAAAGACUCUAAAAAAAUUUAUCUUUUUAGGUGUACGAUAUUUAACAUUCCGUAGGUAUAUGAAUUUGGGACCGACUAACAUUCCGUAUAUGCAUCUGGAACCUCGCCGACUAUUGGUUAAAAUAUUACCGCGUGCUGCAACGAACCAAUAGAAAACUCCUAUGGUCCAAAUACAUAUACGGAAUGUUUAGAUGCCAUCCGCGUAAUAGCCUGUGACGUCACAUGGUAACAACACGAAAUAUUUAGGCGGUAGAUGUGUUCUUUUUUAGAAUCAUUUUGCCUCGUACACUGGAAUUACAGCCACUAGACAUAUUUUAUUAUAUACGCGUAGAAAUAAUAUUUGACGAUUUCUAUUAAUGUUAACCUAAAGAAAUACACAAUAAUAUGUUUCAUUUAAUUUGUAUAAAUGGAUUAUAAAGCGUUUUUAUGAAGCAGAUUUGUUUGGAACACACUGUAACUGUAAUCGAACAAAGGUGACAUUUUAGAAUAAAUUGGUAACAUUUAUUUGACAGUUGCGGUGAUGACACUUCUUCUUCUUCUUCUUAGCCUUCUAUCGUCCACGUUUGGACAUAGGCCUCUCCCAACUCCUUCCAUCGGUCUCUAUCCUGAGCAACAUAUUUCCAAUUCGUUCCGGCUACUCUUUUAAUAUCAUCAACCCAUCUCAUCUGUGGUCUUCCUCUCGGUCGUUUACUUUGGUAAGGUCUCCAAUGUUGUAUCGUGGCAUACCAACGUUGGUCUUUUUGUCUAACAGUGUGGCCUGCAAAGCUCCAUUUAAGUUUGGCAACUUUUGUUGUUCUGUCCUCGACUUUUGUUUUUGAUCUUACCCAGUCGCUCCUCUUUUUAUCUGACAGUCGUAUACCUAACAUUGCUCUUUCCAUAGCUCUUUCUGUUGUAGCUAGUUUAUUCAUAUUUGCCUUGGUUAGGGUCCAGGUUUGACACCCAUAUGUCAUGAUAGGAAGGAUGCACUGGUUGAACACUUUCGUCCUCAAAUAUUGAGGUAUUUUGCGGUUCUUAAGUAUCCAACCAAGUUUUCCAAAUCCUGCCCAUGCUAGUCUUGCUCUCCUAUUAAUUUCCGCACUUUGGUUUUCUUUGUCAAGUUUCAGGAUUUGGCCUAGGUAGAUAUAUUCCUGGACUUUUUCUAUCUCACUGCCAUUUAUAGUUAUGCGUCUGGGGUCAUCUGUGUUUGUCAUUAUUUUUGUUUUCUUCAUGUUCAUUUUUAGACCGACGUAUUGGGAGCUGCCUGCGAGUUCCUCUAUCAUAAUUUGCAGUUCCUCGAAUGGGCUCGCUAUAAUCACAAUGUCGUCAGCGAAUCUGAGGUGAUUUAGCUUCUUGCCAUUUGUCGUUCUUGCCAAUUUGUCGUUUUGAAGACGUCUUCUAGUGCUAGGUUGAAAAGCUUUGGCGAUAUUACGUCUCCUUGUCUCACGCCUCUCUUAAUAGGGAUGGGAUUUGUAUUUUCGUCUAGUUGUACUAUCAUAGUUGCAUUUUCAUAUAUAUUAUGUAUUAGUUGUCUAUAUCUCGAAUCUAUUCUACAAUUACUAAUAGCUUGUUCUAUGGCCCACAUCUCGAUACUAUCAAACGCCUUUUCAUAGUCUACGAAGGCAAGAAAUACGGGUAGUUGGUAUUCAUUUGCCUUCUCUAUCAAUGUUCUCAUUGUCAGCAGAUGGUCUGAUGUACUAUAUCCUUUGCGGAAGCCAGCCUGUUCCACUGGUUGGUAAUUGUCCAUUUUGUAGGUCAACCGGUUUGACACUUCAUAUUUGUUUAUAUUCUUUACUAUAAGUAGGUAUCUGUUUUAUUAUAUUUACUGUUUUUAUUAUUUACUUUACUAUAAAAAGAUCCUCUACUAUAAAAAUAUAAAUUUCACCUAAUUUUAUCACGACUUGAAAUAAUAGAGCUAUCUGACAACUUUUUAAGUUAUUAUUAUAGACAUAUACAAAGAAACCUACCGGCUUCAUGCCAAGAGUUCGGAGCCGUUUUUUAAUUAUUAACAAUGCAGUGCAAAAACGCUUGCACUGCAAAUCUUAAAAGAUUGUAACUUAAUUCUUGUUCUCUAUUUCUUAAGUUUUUACUUAUUUACAUUAUAUUAAUUUGUUUUGUUGUGUAAUCCACGUUUACAAUAAUUAUGUGAUAAAGUCUGUUCGCUAAACUCAGACGCAACUUUCUAGAUAUUUUAGUCGGUAAUUUUGCCAAUUUUAAUAAAAUUGGCAAAAAAUAAUUACUAAAUAGUUAAUAAUCACUAAAUAGUUAGUAAUUUUGCAAAUUUUUGCAAAAUUUGCAAAAAACAAAAAAACUAUCGACUAAAAUAUCUAGCUAGUUGCGUCUGAGUUUAGCGAACCGACUAUAUAUUUGAUUUAAAAUGGAUUCGGGAUUUUUUUUUAUACUUUGGCAACUAUGUCAACUUAGAUCUCUGGCGUAGAUAAUGACGUGCAACGGUUAGUAAAUUAGAUGGACUGUAAGUAUUUAGGAUAUAAAAGUAAUAUGUACUUGUUGAUAUAGAUUUGUAAAAAUAGAUACAAAUAUAUUUUAUUUUAUC